UAUCUGCUGUCGGAUCACAGGUUUGAGUUUGAGUUUGAGGUGGAGAAAUGGUACUUCCCCUGCAUUGUUUUGAACUGAAGCAUAUAAGGAAGGGAAGGAGCUUCAGCAGACACAGCAGAGCUACUGCAGACAAAGGAUGGCUACACGAAUCUGUGCUCCGCGAUGUGCUCCUGUGCCAAAAGCUGAUCCUCCUCAGGUUGCCCCUGAGCCCAAAUUACAUGGACCUUUCCGUCACACCACUCACAGCGUUCUUCAGGUGGUGUUUGAUCCUCAGCCAGAGAACUUCGAUGUGAAGGUGUUUGAUGGUUCUAAUGGCAGUGGCAUCCCAUUUACCAUAAAUAUCACAGACACCACUGACACGCUGAUCAAGAUGUACCAUGAGAAGAAGCCCGAGCUGCAGGGAAAUCUGCACCUUGCCUACAACGGCAAACAAGUUCCAAAGCACAAGAGCAUGAAAGAGCUGGGGGUGAAGCCUGGGGCCAUGUUCAUCACCUACCAGAAAUGCACUGGAGGAUAAGAGAGCAGAUGGCCACCUCUGUCUUUAUUCCUAAAAUAAGCUGAUUUCUUCUCACUUCUCUCUAGAACUUUAUUCUCAGGUCUGCUUUACAGGGAAACAGGAUCAUAUUCCAUCAUCUGAUAAACACAUUACUGCAGAAAUCUCAUAUCUCUCAUCACUCAUCUUCUACCGCUUAUCUGAGAAAUCUCAUAUCAUUCAGUGUAAAUUAAAUUGAAACCAUUUUGUUUAGUUUGCAUCUCUAUGUUCAUCACUUUGUCUUUAAAUGUUUUUUUAAUUUUCAUGUCUUACUGAUUUAUUAUUUGUCCCUUUUUAAAUUUGUCCUUUUUAUCUUUUUUUACAAUUAAAAUAAAUGUUUUAAAGUCUCA